AUGCGGUGUGAAGUCGUGAGCUUCAGCUAUUGCUGCGGUGACUGUGACCCCGACCAGGCCAGGCUCCUUCCCACCAACGGGAGCACCACCGCCGGCAAGCGCGAGGCCGCCAAGCGUGACUACGAUACCGUUACCCAAGACGGCGACUCAUACGAGAUCAUCGGCGCCUCCUACAAGGUCUCAGACACCCAGGUCAACACCGGCCAUAUUGACGUUUCAUCGACCGUCGAAACGGGCCGGACGGCAACCUUCUCAACCAGCAUCGGCGACGUAAACAGGUUGUACUUACUAUAUCUAUUUGCGACUGUUUCUAUCUAA